GAGCAAGACAACUACGAAUCAGACCUGCGACGAAAGAGAGCCCAGUUGGGCAACCCGAACUUCAUGCUGGCCGCAAUAAGAUGAUUUUACCCGCUGCAUUCAAGUCUCGAAGAUUGAUAAAAGACGGCACAAUAAUUGAGCGAAUAAUGGUUGCCAAAUUAACAAAGAUAAUAUGACUCGAGCUGACUCGAACUGUGUCAUAGUGACGGGCGCAUUGCUCCUUGCCAGUGCGCACUGCCGUGGAAGUUGGUCAGUGGCUGAAUGUGUUUCCAGUUAAAGCCUUAGGCACGUCAACGCCUAUAAGCCACGAACAACACUCCCAGAUUGCUUAACAACACGCCUAGCUGAUAGAUCAGUAGCCUGUGCCACCUGUCUUUGCACUUCACGCUGUGAUCCUGUUCAACAAGUUGCACUUGCUUUCCUCCUCCCCUUCGCCUGCUCAUUUCUUGGUUCGAAUUUGACCUCAUCUGCCUCCUGAACUACGUUCCUUUCCUCCUUCAUUCACCCUCCACUAGCGUCCCAUCUAGGCGAAGAAUCAUCAGCCGACCUAAGGAGCACAGAUUCAAGUCAGAAACAGCAGUGGCUGGGCCUACCGCCAACUCACCAACUCACCGACCCAUGUCACCUGACACGAUUGGCCUCAACGGCACCAACCAGACCGACGGUCCAGUGGCUCAAGCAAACCUCCCUCAGCCUCGAAGCGCCCCUGAUUCCAAACCGGCUCAAUCGCGGUCUCAGACGCAAACCACGGCGACCAGGCAGAAACAACAACAGCAGCAGCAGCAGCAGCAGGCCCAGGAUGGCAUCGACUCAACAGCCACAGAACAGCAUACUCUGCCCCAGAGACCGAAAACAGAUAGCUCGACACCAACUGUGGUUCCGAAACCAGUGCCACAGUUGCAACGGAACAAUCCACGUGAAUUUCAGAUUAGCCAAGUGGUGAGAAGGUUUACGCCGGUUCGCAGAGAUCUCGACAAUGUCACGAAUCUGUCAUUCACGCUAAAUCCUUCUGAUCCCGACUUUCCCUUUGACCUAAACGGCUUGCAAUGCACCCUAACCGUUCCCCAGUCCUACCCUGGCAGUGGGAAGCCAUUGAUUCGAGUCACCAAUCCCGAGAUGCCGCGGGGCUACCAGAUUAAUGUCGAAAAGGGGUUUGACACUCUUGUAGAGAAGGCGCCUGGAAAGUCCUUAUUGGGUCUGCUCAACGAGUUGGACAGAAAUCUUGAGAAAUUCUUGACGGCAGAAAAAGCGACAACAAUCAAAAUUGUUCCAAAUGUCGAUAAGACUAGCACACCCCAAACAUCUGUUGCAACGGCGCCGCCCAAGCCACAUGAAGCAACUUAUGUACCCGUGGUUCCUUCGCGGCCUUCAUGGACACCACAACAGAGAGCUGAGGCUGCGGCCAAGAGACAAGCCGAUGUUCGUCAACUUGAAGCGCGCAUGGGCCGUUUACCAAACUUUCACAAGAGCUCUGAUGGGAUCAACUUCAAUAUCCCUGUAAGCCUGCCAAAUCCCAGUAGGCUUCCUCUAUCUUUGCAGUCGCUCAAGGAGGUCACCCUAUCCGUCCCCAGACUAUAUAACCUGGAACCGUGUACCAUCCAUCUGAAAGGGGUUGUGGGCCGGGAAGCAGAAAACGUCGAGAUGGCUUUCGAAAGACAUGCACGCGAGAACCCAAACAUGACGCUGAUGGCACAUAUCAACUACUUGAUCCAGAACAUUCAAACCCUGGCAUCGAUUGUUGCGGAGAAGCCAGCAUCCCCGCGAUCCACGCCAUCCGCUUUGGACACUCGACUGCCUUCUUCGCCGAAGCCAAUUGAUACCUCAGCUACGGAAGAUUCGGAACAUGAAGAGAGAAUCUUGGACGAAGAACGCCCGCACCUCAAACUGAUCCCUCGCCCUCCAGAGUGGAGUCAGCACGAGUCUGAAUCGGACUACGACUCUGAGACCACCUCCGCCUCCGGAAGUGAUACUGACUUUGACGAGGACGGAGAAGAUGGGGAGCAGGGAGGUGGUGCUUCGCUUCCUGCCCCUUCUACUUCUUCCGAGAGAGGUAUUAUCCUUUCAUUCCCCAACCUGGAACUCCAUAACAUUGAAAUCCUGUCUGUUGCCUCGUUGUCGCUGUCCGUCAAAUGCUUACGCUGCAAGUCGCCGCUGGACAUCAAAAACAUCAAGCCGAGCAAUACGACCACCAAUGCACAGUCGACAAGCACACCAGCAAGUCCUUCGAGUGUACGCGCGGAAUCCUGUCCCAAAUGUACUACUCCUUUUACGAUAUCAUAUACCUCGGAUCUCCUACAUGCCAAUUCUAUUCGCGCCGGCACCCUUGAGGUUACCGGCUGUACAAUCACCGAUAUGCUGCCCAGCACUUUCCAACCGACGUGCUCAUCGUGCUCCACCACCUUCCCCGUACCGCCGGGUAUGAUUUCCGUCCGUGGUGACACGCCCAUCCAGGUGUGCCGGGCGUGUCACGCUAAGAUGACUUUCACCAUUACCGAAGUCAAGUUUCUACGCGUGUCCAGCUCGGCAGCGGCCCUGCCAAUGCGACGUCCCAAGAAGGAGUCUCUAGGCAUAUCGGCAGGAACGCCGCUUCCGAACAACGGUGUAUGUGCGCAUUACCGCCACAGUUACCGCUGGUUCCGCUUCGGCUGCUGCGGGCGAGUAUACCCCUGUGACAGAUGCCAUGAUGCCGCCGAGGCGCACGUGAACGAACACGCCGACCGCAUGAUAUGCGGCUGGUGCAGUCGCGAGCAACGCUUUAAGCCAGAAGACUGUGCUGUUUGUGGCAGAAGCGUGAUCCGUCGACGCAGGGCCGGUGGCUUUUGGGAAGGCGGGAAAGGGACGCGGGACAAAAAGUUAAUGAGUAGGAAAGACCCAAGGAAAUACAAGCGGGCUCCUGGUGGUACUCUACCUUCGAAGAAAAAAGCCUAA